CUCAAUAUUUACUGGGGAUAGGGAAAGGCUAGGCAGGUGUUCAUAAGAUAACGCAGAGAAGCUUUCCUCCUCCUCAUGAGCAGCAACUGGGGUAAAAUGACUCCCUCAUAUAGCUUUAUCCAAUAUUGUUUCCUUCACAAAAGCCAGCUUGAAAGAAUUUGAAAAACUAGCUCUCUUGUUUCCCCUCAUUAAUUGGGUAUCUAUUGCCUUUGGGUGGGAAAGAAGGAGUUUCCAGAGUGAUUAAGCAACACAGCCUAGCAAAGCCCAUUAACAUGGAUAAAAGGAUUUCCUGGUGGUAUAAAUGCCUGCACACAACUCGCAGUGCACCAUAACUCACAUUAUGUAUAUAUGCAAGUAAUGAAGUUGGCCAACUGAAUUUGAGUUGCUGUAACUGUAUAGGAUAGUCUUGGGAGAAAAGCAAGGCAAGGCAUACCUUCAUUCCUCUUUCGCCCUCAUUCUAUUUACUUAUUUUUUGCUUAUUUUUGGUGGGAAUGAGUUGUCAAGUCUUUUCUUCAGCUGACACCUUCAUACCCUUGACUUCUGACUCGUCUCCCACUCUGCCUCUGAUAAUGCAUCAUAGUGCUGCAGAGUGCUUGCCUGUCUCCAAUCAUGCCACUAAUGUGGUGUCUACAGGUCUGCAUUAUUCUGUUCCUUCUUGUCAUUAUGGAAACCAACAAACUGCAUAUGGGAUGAUGGCAGGUAUCAAGCCUACUGCUCCAGAUGUGCUGGCAGCAAGCCUCUCUCAAAGCCGUAUUUUGCAGACCUGCAGCAUGUCUCAUCCCAAUGUUGUGAAUGGAGUUGGCACUUUACAAGGCAAGUCUCCCCCCUCUGGUGAAGUUCCUCUUAACCAUCUCUUAUUGUCUUCCUGUGGUCUCACUCCAUGCCUGUAUAAAUUCCCUGAGCAUGCUCUGAGUGCCAGUUCAUGUGCUCUAGGCCACAGCUUUAGUUCCAUGCAUCCAUCUCUACUUGGAGCAGAUCCUACCACUGAUUUUAAGCAGGAAUUUCGAAAGAAGGCCAAGUCACUUGAUGAACCAAUAGAUAUGGAUUCUCCAGAAAUUAGAGAGUUGGAGAAAUUUGCCAAUGAGUUCAAGUUGAGAAGAAUUAAGCUAGGUUAUACACAAACAAAUGUUGGAGAAGCUCUAGCUGCAGUGCACGGCUCUGAAUUCAGCCAGACUACUAUUUGCCGGUUUGAAAACUUGCAACUGAGUUUCAAGAAUGCAUGCAAACUAAAAUCCAUAUUAACGAAGUGGUUGGAGGAAGCAGAACAAGUAGGAGCUCUAUACAAUGAAAAAGUUGGCAUGAAUGAACGGAAAAGAAAACGCAGAACCACCAUUAGUAUUGCCGCAAAAGAAGCUUUGGAAAGCCAUUUUGCAGAACAAAGCAAGCCUUCAUCUCAAGAGAUCAUGAGAAUGGCAGAGGGACUCAAUCUGGAAAAGGAAGUGGUGAGAGUUUGGUUCUGCAAUCGAAGACAAAGAGAAAAGAGAGUAAAGACAAGUUUACACCAGAACACCUUUAAUUCCAUUAUUAAGGACCAUCAAGAGUGCUAGAAUUCUUUCCACAGACAAAUGAAUUUCUUAGCUUUGUUUGAAAAACUUCUUGCCCCACUACACCGACAAAGAAAAUAGCAUAUCACCUUUAUAAAUGUAUUUAAUAGUGAAAAUUUAUGUAUUUCUGUAAGUACCUUUACUUAAGACAUUAAAACUGUAUACUUCAAAAAUGA